AUGUUUUCUCCAGGGAGUGCAGUACUUUCCUUAGCUGAGCCCAUCACGGUGUCAGGCACACGUCCUUCGGCGUUAAGGAACGAUGGUGACGGUUGGCGGCCCGUAAGAGAAUCAUUAAAACACCAUUAUCGCCUUCCACCUCCCACUUCGGCCUACUACGUGGAGUUAGGGGGUAACAAGAAGUUUUUUCGAGUCGACCCGUCUCCUUCCAACAAGGUGGAGGUGUUCGCUCCAGCCCCGCCCAGCAUACUUGGUACUUUUAGCGGGUUCGGACACGAUACUGUCAAGUCUCGACAUCCAGCCAAGCACAAGAACCCGUUCAAGGACACAUUUCAACAAGCCGAAUCCCGACCAGGUUACCACACAGGACUGUUAACCCCUCCGAUCAGACACGCGUAUUCGCAACCUUUUAAACAGAAUGACAACAUCGGCCAAGCUUACUAUUUCGAAGCGUCUCUGAGCCCUCCUCCGCGAGAUUCGGCCAUAAACUUUGUUCCCCCGCCGAGUUCUAAGGGUCUUGCUCCUAACAGCUACUAUUUACAGUUCGAUCAGCAAACCAGAGCUAAACCUACCUCUUCGAGUUUCUCACCGUAUCUUCGGCAAAGUCUGCCUAUCUACGGAGCUCCAGAUUAUUUCAAAGCUAAUAAUCCAUCUACGGACUCCUAUAAGUUUUACAGCCAGGAGCCUCCAUCUAAGCUACAGUUUAACUCGAGGCCUAGCAACAGUCAUGGAAGACCUCCGGGAAUUGACUACUUUGGAAACAAUCCUUUUGGAGAUAUUCACCUCAACACCAACAGGCCCGAAACAAAGACCCCAGCCAAGGACAUUUUUGAUCAGUUGUCACAUUUGGGAAGGCCCUUUCAGUCCACCACGAUUGAACCUCCUCGUUUCUCCUCUGUAACAAGUGAUUACUCCACUUUAACCCCAUUAGACUACUUUCCGACCUCAGGAAAUAUCCAUCAGACUACUCCGAAACCUUUCCGACCCUCACCCUUAAUAUUAGAUCCUUAUCCGAGCACAGAAAAGCCCACUAUGUUUGUUACUCCUGGGCCAUCAAUACCUCCUAGAGAAGUUUACCCGAUCCCCGUCACAACUUUAGAUAUUCCAUCUAAAGAUGAUCUUAUCAACAAUCAAUCACCUUUUGUUAAUACUUAUCAGCCCGUGGCAGAUACGCAACAAUAUACAGAAGAAGUGACGACCAAGCCAAUUACAACUACUUAUUACAGACGUCCAGAAGUAGAAGUUAAUACCCAUGGACAAAGCUAUUAUCAGCCCACACCUUUUCUACCAACUCCUUCCACAGAAGACUUACCUGCGGAUAGCCCUGCACCAACCGAACUAGUAACGCCUUCUUCAGAAACAAAUGAAGUCCAGAAACCCGUAAGAACGCGUGUCACUAGACCAAGAUAUAGAAAGAAGAAACCUACCAGAAAGCCUGAUUCUCAAUACCUUGUUGAAAGUACUACGGAGCAACAUUUCGAGACACCUUUAAAUGAAUACACCGUAACUAAUGGAGAUGAACCAAACUUUACAACAUUUGAUACUAUACAAAACAAUCAUGAAACUCAGCGAGAGCCAGAACACGGAAAUAUAAGGUACGAGGGAAAAUUCAAAAGGAGAAGGCCAGUACGACCGAUUAACUACCAAAGCACUUCUACUUUUACUAAUGUUGAACCAGAAAUUCAAGAAAUUCCAACAGAAUUUAGCACAGUACCAGAAGAGGAAGUAAAAACAACGUUGCCAUCUACCACAACUGCCUUUAACAAAGUUCAACAUAGAAGGAGAAAGAAGCCUAUAAGUAAAACUAGAGGUGGUACGAGACACGGUCUUACAAGGUCAACCACAACCACAACUACCACUACCACUGAAUCGCCCCAAGAACUCACUAGUGAGGUAUUUUCUUACACUGACUACCAAAAUCUAAAAGAAACUACUCAGACCGAAAAUUAUCCUUUCAAUGGGCUAGCUUUCAACGAAUACGGCCAUAUAAUGCACACAGGAACAGACGAGUACAGCGUGAACACUUUGUAUCCGACACAGCAAGUAGAGGAGUAUCAGACGGACUUCCAUGAACACGAAGUUGUAACAACUACUACAACUACCACGACUGAACCAACAACUACCACAACAACCACUACAACACCCGUUCCGGAGACAACUACAGUUACAACGACUUCCAAGCCGAGGAUAAGAAACAAAUACAAUUACAAUAACUCAAGACCCCGCUUUAGUGUGAAGGACUACAGGGAAAGGUUGAAAAAGGCGACAUCGACCACUGAAGCACCCAAAGAAGAAGUCGAAGAACAAAACGACACUCCAAGAAUAAGGCCACCAAGGCUGAGAGGGAACAUCAGCUACAAGCAAUCGGAGAACACAGAAGAACAGACGGAAACCAGCACGAGGAGGUUCAAGCCGAGAUACACGGGGCAGAGGCACGCUUACAGAACGUCAACCACUCAGUCACCCUUGUUGCAGCUGGAUACUCCUACCAGUACGGAAAGACAGAACACGUUCAGACCCAGCAGCCAGCGUAGACCUGGCUCCAACAAGUACUACAGUAGAUACAGAACGUCCACUGAGGCUCCGGGAUCAGCAGAGCAACCGUCCACCGAGAAACUCCCUCAAAGGCCUAAGGGGGUCUUCUCCGCCAAGAAGAGACGACCUUUCCCUUUGCGGACGAGGUUUGAACCACCGACCCAACAAGGUGAUAACGAAGCCCAAGUCGAGGUCCAUUCUGAAAAUCCAGACGCUGUUUUGGAACACGAUCAAUAUAUCACAAAGAAGUCCGAUAAUGUCGCGACCACAACGCUGAUGACUAGUUCUGAAGAGGCUGAUUGGAAUGUGCCCAGUGAGGCAUCGGUGAAACCUGAGUUAUUUACGUCAAAUACCGUCGAUCAAGGGGAGAUCACAAAGAAGAUUGCAGAUUUGACUUCCUCGCCUAGCAACUCUUUUGAUUCUUCAGGAUUUUUCAAAGGCGUUUCCCCGUCAAGUAGGAGAACUGUUUCCAAAAUUACACUUGCCACUGAAGAUCCGAUCCUCCCUAUAGAGGCUUUCUUUAGUUCUUCUUUGAACAGAAAUGCUGACUCGAGGUAGUCAUUGUUAACCGGAUUUAUUUAUAUUUUAUUUAUUAACUAGACAGAGGUACCUGUGUAUAUCAUCUAUUCAUAGUAAUAUGUAUUUAAUACCGUUAUUUAAAACUCAGAUCUAAGCAGUAAUUUACCUAAACAUUUUUAACAUUGGUUUCAAUAAGAUUUUACUUAAAUAUUGGUUUUAAUAAUAGUGUAUUUACACCAACUAUUUUUCAAACAACCAUUUUACAUAUCAUAUAAACUAUAGAAUAUCUAAAACCAAAGAUAUAUUUAUUUAUCUAUUGAGAGAGAACAAGCAAUUAUAAUGAAGUGUACUACGAUUUGUAAUUGCUUAUGAGUUAUGCUAUAGAGGUGGGGUUUUAAUGUGAACCUAGCCUCACAUAGACGUUACUUAACAAUAUUUUUAUAACAUUGACUUCAUAUCAAUUAAGAAUUAUUCUUUUUAGUUGAUAGGUAAUACCCAAAGAGACUGUAAAUAACGAUUUUGGUGCUAAGGAUUUUGUUUAAAAGAGAAAGCUUUUGUAUAUAGCAUACAUAACUUAGUUCACUAUUUCUCAUAGCAUUAUGAUUGAAAAACUGUACAUUUGAAUAUAGAUAGUAAUCAAGUAAAAUUGUAAAUAAAAAAGUUAUUUAUAUAUUAA